UUUUUGCGUACUGAAAGGAUGUCUGGUCGCGGGAAAGGCGGCAAAGGGCUGGGAAAAGGAGGCGCCAAGCGCCACCGGAAGGUCUUACGGGACAACAUCCAGGGUAUUACGAAGCCCGCCAUCCGCCGGCUGGCCCGCUGAGGGGGUGUCAAGCGCAUUUCGGGACUCAUCUAUGAGGAGACCCGGGGAGUGCUUAAAGUAUUUCUGGAGAACGUGAUCCGCGAUGCAGUGACUUACACGGAGCACGCCAAGCGCAAGACAGUCACGGCAAUGGACGUGGUGUACGCGUUGAAACGCCAGGGCCGCACGUUGUAUGGCUUCGGGGGCUGAGCAGUCCCGGCGGCUUAUCUCCACAUUUCUAAAGGCCCUUUUAAGGGCCCCCAGGACGUCAAGAAAAGAGCGAACACUUUGCAUUUACUGUGUGA